CCACUGUCUACCGUACGGGCGCUCUCUCUCUCUCUCUCUCCACCUGAUGUAUGUAUAGGAGGACUACAGGAUUGCCACUCCGUCGCACUCGCAUUUCUUCCCCAUCGCAUCCUACUCGCGCUCCGUCGUCGCCGGCGACCGCGGACGAGACGCGCAGGCGACGCUGACUGGUCGGAAAAAUCACCUGGUCUUUUUUAGCACAUCGGUUCGAUUGGAAUUGGUUCGUGAACUGAGACGUCUCUGCGAGGGCCGAGGGGGAUUUGAUCCGUGCGACGGUUGAGACUGCGUUUGUGACUUUGUCUCAAUUGUCGUCAUUUAAUUUGGCUGCUUUGGUUUUGUUUUUUGGUAAUGCGCGAUGAAUUAGGGCUUUUUGGUUUUAUUUUGGGAAGGAAUCUUCUAUAAAACGGCAGAGAAAAUCAGUGAUUUAUGCCGAGCAUUGACUUGAUACGACUCUUUUUUGUGUUAAGAGUUGAAUUUAGAUGCGGAUCAAGUGCCUGAUUUUGCUCUUUAAUUAGCAGUUUAGGAGCUCGACGAUUGCAACGCCGUUACAAAUAUAGAAACACAAUCUGAGUUGUGCUAUUUUGUUUCGAUUCGCUUCUUUUCUAGGGUUUACCGAUCACAUUGGAUCCUGCAUUUCGGAGAGAGAGAGAGAGAGAGAGAGAGAGAGAGAGAGAGAGAGAGAGAGAGAAAACAAGGGCAUGCCUUGGAAGAGGGUGUAGGCAUGUGCAAGAUAGAGAAUAGUGAGAAGAAGUGCGUGCGUGGAGAAGAGAGAGAGAGAGUUAGAGGGAGAGGGUGGGAAAUGGGGUUAAAGGGAUUUGGAGAGAGUAAAGUAGAGAAGCUGAAGAGUUCGAUGAUGGCGCCAUCGCGGUCGCGAAUGAAGCUGUGGAUGGUGAGAGCGACGACGUCGGUUUUGCUCUGGACUUGUGUGGUUCAACUCACCACAUUGGGUGAGAUGUGGGGGCCUAGGGUCCUCAAGGGCUGGCCUUCUUGUUUUACUCAGGAUUCGGUGGCCGCCGCCGUUUUAGAAGAGAAAUCAUCGACUGUUCCGGCAAGAGUUCUUCCACCAAAGAGAGUUUAUAAGAACAAUGGGUAUUUGAUGGUUUCGUGCAAUGGAGGUCUCAAUCAAAUGCGAGCAGCGAUUUGUGAUAUGGUUACUAUUGCAAGAUAUCUGAAUGUCACACUUAUAGUCCCUGAGCUUGAUAAAACCUCCUUUUGGGCUGAUCCUAGUGAGUUCAAAGACAUAUUUGAUGUCGAUCAUUUCAUUACAUCACUAAGAGAUGAGGUUCGGAUAUUGAAAGAGCUGCCUCCUAGGCUCAAGAAAAGAGUGGAGCUAGGAGGUGUCUUCUCCAUGCCUCCGAUCAGUUGGUCUGAUAUUUCUUAUUAUCACAAUCGGAUUCUUCCCCUGAUUCAGAAGUACAAAGUUGUACAUUUAAACCGAACGGAUACUCGACUUGCCAGUAAUGGUCAACCGCUAGAGCUUCAGAAGCUGCGUUGUCGAGUAAAUUUCAGUGCUCUGAGAUUCACUUCACAGAUAGAGGAGUUGGGUAGAAGGGUUAUUCAUCUUCUACGCCAAAAUGGUCCUUUCCUAGUGCUUCAUCUAAGGUAUGAGAUGGACAUGUUGGCAUUUUCUGGCUGUACUCAAGGCUGCAACAAUGAUGAGGCAGAAGAGUUGACAAGAAUGAGAUAUGCUUAUCCCUGGUGGAAAGAAAAAAUUAUAGAUUCUGAUUUGAAAAGGAAAGAUGGUUUGUGUCCUCUGACCCCUGAGGAGACUGCUCUUACAUUGAGGGCAUUGGACAUUGAUAAUAAUUUCCAAAUUUAUAUUGCGUCUGGUGAAAUUUAUGGUGGUCAAAGGAGAAUGGCAAGCCUUGCAGCGGCUUACCCAAAAUUGGUUAGAAAGGAGACUCUGUUGCAACCCUCAGACCUUAAUUUUUUCCAGAAUCAUUCAUCCCAGAUGGCAGCAUUGGAUUAUCUUGUUGCACUGGAAAGUGAUAUUUUUGUUCCAACUUAUGAUGGAAACAUGGCCAAAGUUGUUGAAGGACAUCGCAGAUAUCUUGGGUUCAAGAAAACAUUUUUAUUGGAUAGAAGACUCGUUGUUGAUUUGAUAGAUCAAUACACUAAUGGAACAUUGAGUUGGGAUGAGUUCUCGUUUGCUGUAAGGGAAGCUCAUGCUGAUCGCAUGGGAAGGCCAACUAAAAGGGUGAUGAUUCCAGACCGACCAAAGGAGGAAGAUUACUUCUAUGCCAACCCCCAGGAGUGUCUGCAAUCAUCAGAUGAAACUUUGAGCAGCAUAUGAUCCUUCUGGCAUGGUUCGGAGAUUGUUACAUUUAUUUGUGCUCUACGAUGCAGUUCUAGCACAGGUUAAGGGGGAUUAUAUGUAUAGCACACAGAGCCCAAACAGAGUAAGAUUUUAAUAUUAUUGCAUUCCAAAACACUGGGAAACUGAGGAUCUGCGUUGGCAAAUGCAGCAGCAGCUGGAAGACAUCGGUAUUAUCACUCAUAAUCAAAUUCUUGUAUAGAAGGCACCCUGCCAUUACAGGGUGACAUCUAAAAAAUCUUCAUUAUACAGAGGGAUGAAAUAUAUAUAUAUAUAGCUCUUACUGAAAUCUGAGUUGUGGAAGGUUAAACCAUUAAAUUCCCCACAACCCACCCUGCUUUUUUUUUUUUUUUUUUUGGUUUUUUUUUUAUAAAUAUUUUCAGUUUGUUAUUUUUUAGUAUGUUACAUGUUAAAUUAAAAUUAAUCUAUUUUUACAGAUAUUGGCUGUCAACUUAA